AUGAGCGCUAAUGACAGAUACUGGCGCUGGAAGCUCCAAGACUCUUCCGAUCUCAACGUCUUUUUACCAACAGUAGUUGACGGCUCUCUAGAGCAGUUUUGGCGCAACGCAGUUCACAACUACUCGAUGUGCCAACUAACGUAUGGUCCAGAUAAGCUCAUUGCUAUCUGGGGUCUCGUUCGCUUUCUUAUUGGCGCUCUUAAGGAGAGGUACGCUGACGGACUGUGGGAACGCAAUCUCGAAGAGCAGCUGGCAUGGCAUGUUGUUGGCUGUCAACAAGGCAAUGGUCAACCCUCAACACGACAAGAGGGUCUCGAUGCACCAACGUGGUCAUGGGCCUCAAUUCAUGGCGAGAUCGUCGUUCCAGAUCGGUUCGCCGCUAUCAGAGAUUAUCAAGUUGUGGGCCAUGACGGGAAGGAAAUUGCUUUUGAUUUGAUUGGGACCCGCAAACACCCCCAGGGGCCAGGAACUUGGGCUGAACAGUUGCAACAAUACGAAGCCAGGGUGGAAGAGAUCGAGAAACUGCGACUGAAUAAUCCACAAUCCUCCCUCAAGGCGCCUCCCGAGGCAGAUGACCUCUCGCCCAUACCUCGGCUCAGAAGCCCUUCAAUCCCGAUUAUGGGACACAUCGGGAAGAUGAUCCUGCAGAAAAGGACCUCAGUAUCGGACUGGACCUUAACAACUUUUCCGAUCCGUGGUCAGGGUGGAUACGGGGUCAUCAAGGCAUCUCCUGAUAUUCAACCUGAUAAUGCCGGUCACGUUCUCAUCCUCAUCUUGGCUAUGAGUCUGGACUAUUCGGAAGGCAAUCGUGGGCGCAAAAAGGAAGAGUCCGUCAAGACGUACACUGGGGUUGGAUUGAUGAUCGAUUAUAACGGGCCGUCCGAAUCUUGCAAUGGGCACUUUGUCCGGAAAGGAGCUUUCCGGUUCAAUGGUACGGAUUUCGAGGUUUUCCGGGACACGUUUAUCAAAAUCCCGAAGAGACACGGGAUUGCUAGCGGAUACGAUCCGGAGAAAGGACAUAAGAUAUGGCUAGAUUGA